CUGGAGUUCUUCAUCCCAUCACAGCAGUGCUGCGGUCAUUUCGCUUUAGACACCCGAUUGUGCCGAUGGUGGUCGAACUGCUCUGGAACAUUCUAGAGAGUUAUCCCCCCGCCAGGAGUCUCCCAAGUCUGCCAUUUGUUGAAGACGAUGAUGACAGCCGAAGGUCAUCAGGAGGAGGAGAAGAAGAUGAUGGUGGUGGCGAUGGUGAUGACGAAGGGCCACAGGAAAAACCGGUGUUGACGGCACAGCAUCUCAAGGAAGCUGCAUGGAGUGAUCAUCAAGGCCACCACCUACACAGUGAUGGCAUGUCGGGAAAGUACGCAGCAGGUGUGGCUGUGAAGGACGCUGCCCCUAGAAGAAGGCAUAGCACCGGCAAUGUGGACUUUGAGGGCCGAGGCAAAAUAAUGCCACCACAAGGAAAUCAGACUUGUCGAUGGUCGUUCCUGUUUCCUGGAAAACAGUACGCACUUUUGCCGAGCUCGUCUGCGCCAGAAGCAGCAGCUGGAAGCAGUGAGCAUGCUGGGCAGGAGAUAGCUGUUGGUACUAUCGCAUCAGCAUCAGCAUCAGCAUCAGCAGCAGCAGCAGCAGGAGGAGGAGGAGGAGGAGGAGAUGGAGGAAGUAAGAUUGACAGCGCAGAACAAGGUCGUGGAGGUGGGCAAGGUGGGGCACACGGUGGAGGCCCUGGAGGGCUUACAUCGCUGAUGAAGGAUAGAGAUGGAGAGAGUGCCGAUAAUUUGGAGUCUCCAAAGACACCUCGAGAGAUGGAAGGGAACGUAGACACCCAGCUGCGUCGGUCAUUAAGGACAUAUGCUUCAGCAGAGGAUCUCAGUCUUGCUGCCUCUUUGUAUAGACGUAGUAAGAGGAAGAGCUUGGAAGAAGGCAAAGGUUUGGCUAUGGACUACGCAUCGGCAGCAAACGAUGCCGUCUCUUCGGCAGUUGCAGAUGAGAAGAGAAGCUCAGUUGGUAACGUUGACGUCAACAGUGGCACUGUGUUUGCCAUGGGACCGUUGAUGUCAACGGCAGAUCCACCAACAACCACAUCGACAGUCGUUGAUGAGAAGAGAGGCUCAUUUGGUACCGUUGAAGUGAAGAGUGACUCUGUGGUUGCCGUGGGCUCAGGAGGAGUUGGUAGUGAUAUGGUCAGCCUUCCGGAGAGGACAGUAUCUGACAUGGACGAGCUCGGUGUCAUAUCAGAUGGGCUAGGAGAAGAUGACAGCAGCAUGUUCGGGGGCAUGGUGAGCAGGAGGAGCCAAGAAUUCGGUGAUGAUGGGGAGUUCUUCGAAAAUGGAAGCCCUGGUUCUGAAAUGGACCUCGUUUACAAAGACCAAGUUGGUGACAUGCAAGCUGAUGAACCAGGAGCAGGAGGGGAAAAGAAACCUGUGGGAAGUGGCACGAUGGGGGAUGACAGUGAGUCGAGGGCAUCUAGACUGCUAGAUGACAUGAAUUCUUCUAGCAAAGUGAUCAUGAGGAGGGUACACAGGAACAUGCAGUCGGAGCUCAUUGCUGCUCUUGCGGCAUUGCUGGAAUCGUGUUUGCUUGAUGGAUACGGUUUGUCAGACAAAGAGCUGCUGAACAGCAUUCUCAUCAAUAUCAGCUUUCUGAUUCAGGAGAAUGCCAAUUUGGAGUGCUCUGGUGUCGCAGAGCUCAUUGGGAUGGUGCUUGCCACAGCUUGCAGUCCAGAGCUUGUGGAGGUUCAGCUUUUUCGGCCAAAUGCAGAGGUAGACUUUCCCCUAUGCUAUUAUGUGGUGUACCCCUAACUGGACAGUGGACAAGCAUCGGUCCCCAAUAAUCCAUCUUAAUAGGCCACCCAUGC